GUAUACGUUAAAUACACGGAAACGCCUUGUUCGUUGGGAGGGCAACCGGAAGAGUGACGUGGAAUAUGAUGAAAGCAGAAGCGACAUAAGUGGACUUUAUUUCAUAAACAAAACAUUUUUUUCACGUUACUGGUUGUUAGGUAGCAAGCUGAUCAGUACAUUUGGUAGCUGUUAUUGUAUCGAAGAUCAAUGGCGGCUCUUGUAUUUGCAGUGUUCCUGCAGUUUCUCUUCUUUCGGCAAAUAGAAAGCUGGAAUGACGGAGGCAGCGUUCUCCUCCGGGACGUGCAGGCGCUCACUCUGUACAGGGGUCGCUACACCACUGCCCGACGCACGAGCCCCGUCCUACAGCUGCAGUGCGUUGGCGGCUCGGCCGGCUGCGGCGCCUUCAUUCCGGAGGUGGUUCAGUGCCAGAACAAAGGAUGGGAUGGCGUCGAUGUUCAGUGGGAGUGCAAGACUGACAUGGACAAUACAUACCGCUUUGGAAGGGUAGAGGUGAGCUGUGAGGGGUUCAACCACCCUGAUGACCCCUACAUCCUGAAGGGCUCCUGCGGGUUGGAGUAUACCCUGGAGCUGGCAGGGCAAGGCCGGCAGGGGGGCCACGGCUCCCAGGGCUCGGGGGCCUUUGGUGGCUUCGCCUCCAACUUCUUCAGGGAUGCCUACGACGGCCAGCGGCAGCAACAGGGAGGAGGCGGCUUUCAUCAGAGCUCCUCCGGGGGUGACAUGGGUGGUCUGAUCGUGGUAGGCCUAUUGCUCCUCCUGGCUUAUGGAGUGUACAAGAUGUUCCUGUGUGGUCCCACGCACAACCAGGACCGCUUCCCUGAUGAUGCUGGGCACCCGAGCGGACCCUCCCACAUGGGCCCCCCCCCUGCCGGAUUUAAACCUGACUACUCAGGUUCCUCUUCACAGUAUGGCGGCCAUGCUAGCCAUCCGGGAUCUGGAAGUCAGUACGGCUUUAGGGACGAAUUCACCAGACCUGGGAGUACCAGACCCAGCUCGAAUUCUGGUUAUGGGUUUUGGUCUGGAUUGGGGACCGGAGGACUCCUGGGGUAUCUUUUUGGGAAUCAGAAUCGGCGCCAGCCAAGCAUGCAUACUGGGAACUCCUGGAACCCGGGGAACUCCUGGAACCCGGGGAACUCCUGGAACCCGGGGAACUCCUGGAACUCUUCCAAAGUGCAGCCAGGGAGUACUGGAACCCGCACAGCAUCAGGCUUUGGAGGCACCAAAAGAAGAUAGAUGGAUGGAUGGAUGGAUGGAUGAUGAUCCAGCAGGAUCCCCAUGGCAACCAGGCCUAGUUCACUUUGAUCUUCACCAUGUGUCUGUUGUAGUAAAGAUGGCGAUCUGUUUGAUAUCAUCUGGGAAAUGAAUGUAGCACAGGCUUGUGUUUUCACAAAAGAAGCACUGGACAGUAGUUGUAUAAGAGAGACUGAUUAGCUUAUCUUCAGUUUGUGUUUCUUUGUAAUGCCUGUUUGAGGAUAGCAGAGCCUGCAGUAAUUGCUAUAGUUAAACAGGUUUCCUUUUGUGUUGAAAGUGCCGUGUCUCUGAUCUUGAACUUCAUACUCGCUAGUUAUGCAUUUUGAUGUGAGCUCCGUGGGAUAACAGAAACUAUUAAAUAUUUUUUGUCCAUAUGUGCCGCCCAUUUAAAUUCAAUAAUUCGAAAUGGUUUUGGAAUGUUUGUACAGUUAUAUAUUUUAUAAUUAACUGGAGUGGAUGUUUGAUUGCAUUCAUUUCUAGAGCUGGUUUUAUUUUGUCCUUUGAAAUGAAAUAAUUUCUUUAAAAUAAAUGAAAUUUGUAAUAUC